GGUGGCACAAGGAGGGCACCUACUGAGAUAGCCCGAUGCCAGUCUAGGGUGGCAGCAGACAUGCAGCCCCUCGACCUGCCUAGGAGUACACACCUGGAGAGCCUGGUCUUUGCAGCCCUGCCCACUCUGCUGCUAGUACUCCUGGGUCUGCUAGAGGCAGCUAGCGGUUGUCCCACUGUGUGCAUCUGCAACAGCAACAGCACAGACUGUACAGGCCUGGCUCUGCUCUCCCUAACCACCAUCCUGCCCCUGCUGCCCCAGGACACCCGCACCCUCCGCCUGUCCCACAACAACCUCUCCUCCCUGGGCGACGGGGCCCUGUCCAACCUCAGCGCUCUGGAGCUCCUGGACCUUUCUGACAACCACCUCUCCAGCCUGCAACCAGGGUCUUUCUCCGGCCUCAGCGGCCUGCAGUGGCUCAACCUCUCAGGGAACUACCUGGGUGACUGCCCCCUACUUACCCCUACAGUCCCCAGUAACCAGACGGAGGUUACCCAGUGUAACGGUAGUCGCUGGGGGUUGAGCCGAGAGCUGUUCCAGGGUCUUUGGAUACUGAAAGGGCUGGAUUUGUCCCUAAACGGCCUGGUAGUUUUUCCCAAUGGGCUGCUGGACGGGCUCCAGGGCCUGGCCUGGCUGUCUCUGACUGGAAAUAAGCUGCGGAGCCUGGACAGAGCCACCUUCCAGCCCCUGGGCACCCUGCUGAGCCUCCAACUGGCAGGCAACCCUUGGGAGUGUGACUGCAACCUGAGGGACUUCAAGCACUGGAUGGAGUGGCUGCUGUACAGACACGGACAGGUGGAUGCUGUGAAGUGCAACCUACCGAAGGAGCUGAGGGGGCGGGACAUCCGCAGCAUCCCCAUAGAGAUGUUCAACUACUGCCUGCAGUUGGAGUACCAGGCCAGUGUCCCUGGCUACGACGGGCCCCGUGGGGGGCGCCCACCCUGUGUCGGUCAGAUCAAUGGGCCCAUGAACGGGCCCCAGGCCAACCAAGAGGACUGUGUACGCCAGCGCUAUCGGCCCAUUAGCGUGCGCAGGGCCUGGGGGACUCAGAUCGUGGCGGCAUGUGUGUGUGGUGUGGUGUGUGUGAUGAUGGUGGUGGCGGCCACCUACGGCUGUAUCUACGCCUCUCUCAUGGCCAAGUACCAGAGGGAGCUGAAGAACACAUGGCAGCCAUUGAUGGCUGGGGAGGGAGGGGAGGAGACAGAUGUCGAGGACGGCGUCUUUCCUUCCUCCCCAACAUCCCCAGCUGAGCCAGAACCAGAGUCCAGUCCCAUAGUCCACACAUACAGAAUAACAGGCUUUUGACCUUUGUUUCUCUGACUGGCUGACAUUCCUGUUGCAAGGAAUCAGGGGGGACUGCAUUCCCUAACUGUGUGUCUUACUACUCAGUGCUCCAGGGCAUUCUAGACUAGGGAAUGUAUAGAGCUGAGAAAGCGUAUCUCUGCUGCACUUUGCUGGUGUUCGAGGCAUCCCGACAUAAUCGUACAGAUGAUCGUCAAAUGGAAAACUGGAACUCUGCAUUGCUUCAAGACGUGUGGAUGCUACGUGAUUGGUUCUUUAGUCAGCUCUCCAAAUGUGUGCUGGAGGUUCUGGUACCUCUGCACCUUGGUUCAAAGACUUUCAUAGAAAUCGUCUUUGAAAUCCAUUAUUAUUGUACGUUUAUUCCUUGAUCCGACUUUCCAUCAAAGUUAUUUGUGUUUCAAGCAAAAAAUGCCAAUCGAUCAAGUCCCUGUCUAAUGUAAUGUAUCUGCUCCUAACGUUUUGAUAUAAAAGCCCAGGUUAACAAUCCCAGUAGUGGUUGUCGCUCGAAUAGUUAUCGUACACAUGAAUGUACAAGAAUAUAGUACACAAUGUUCUGUGGAAUCAGUGUUAGACAGAUGCAGUCUUGUGUAUCAGACCUGUGCUCACGUGCAGUGACUCAAUCCUCUCUCUACUAAAUGAAUAUUUCCAAGUCAUAUCAAUGUUCAUAUCUGUACAGAGUAAUUCUGCUUUCAAAGCCAUACAAUACAACAGCAGACUACUGACCUCUAGAGGAUGUUAUGAUAACAGCAGCUGAAGAGAGUCAGUCCCAUGGCUAGCAGCCAUAUUCAUUGCGAACUGAAUCUAGUUGGCAACUAUUUCCAUUUAACCAUAUUGAACUGUCAAAGAGUUCAGCACUGACCUAGAAUCAUGUACAUAUAUCAGAAUCUUAUUAGUCCUUUAAUCGUUAUUUCUGUCUCUGUGUUAACAUGACAAAUUUGCUCUUAAGUUUUGCUCAAGAAAUAACGAUAAUGUGAUAUUCUGUUAAUCAUGCUGAUGAC